AUGGCGCAUGUUCGAUCUCAGUCCGACUCAUCCUUCGGAUCUUCGGCGUCGGAACAGGAUGUGCAAGAUGACUCUAGCAAGGAGAAAAAGUCUCUCUUCAUCUCCGUGAAACAGAGAUGGCAGAAAUUGGGCCUGGACAGACCCACCAUUCUCCUGAUGAUGAAGGGCGGUCUUCCACCAACUAUAGCCAUUUCAAUCUGCCAAUCCAAGGUUGUCGCCGAUGAGUACAAGACCUUGAGCUAUCUCGUACCCAUCAUUUCUAUCCUUGGCUUUGCAAUUAUGCCGCGCGCCAAGUUUAUUCAGAUGAUGAUCUUCGACAUUUUGGCUGUCUGUAUAGCAGCAUCUUUCGCUCUGUUGACAAUGUUUUCUAGUGUCAGGGCGCGCCAACACACCGCUACUGAUCCUAGCGAAAAAUACAAUUCCUCCGCGUCUGCUGUUAGUGGUGUGUGGCUGUUUUUUCAAAUCUGGAUGGUUCACACCUUCCGUGCCAAAUACCCGCAGCUGCAAUUUCCUGUGAUUAUUUACGCAAUUUUCGCGAAUGUUUCUUCGAUAUACGCUCCACAGAUGCAGAGUAUGACAGCUGCGUUUAAUAUGGUCAGGCAAUUGGUUGCAGCCUUCUUCACUGGCCUCGGAAUUUCAACAGCAACAUCGCUAUUCAUCCAUCCGAUAACGUCACGCCAGGUAGUCUUCAAACAAAUGGCGAGCUACAUUGGCGGGCUUCGCUCAGCCUUGAAUGCUCAUGCUCUAUAUUAUCAAUCAUUGGAAAGAGACGACAUGUUCGGUCGCACAGAAACAUAUGAUGAAUUUCGUGAGAAGUUUGGUAAGAAGGGAAAGAUCUACAGCCCCGAGGCAGAGGCCAUCCGCGCUGCGGUGCGACAGAUCACUGAUAUCCACGCCAAACUUCACGGUGAUCUCACAUUUGCGAAGCGUGAAGUUGCAUUAGGAAAAUUGGGACCCGAUGAUAUUCAGGCGAUCUUUCGUCAUCUUCGCCAGAUCAUGAUCCCAGUUGUGGGGUUGAGCUUCGUGGUGGAUAUCUUUGAGCGAAUGUCAGACUAUAACAGAUGGAACCGGCCCAUUGACCUAAACGAGCCUGUAGUCCCAGAGGAUAUGCGACAGCGCGUUGUGCACGAGUGGAAUGAUAUCAUGAGGGCGGUACAUGAUCCAUUCGCGGUGAUGAUCCAAACCAUUGAUGAAGGAUUGCUACAUACAUCCUAUGUCUUCAGGCUGACGAAACCACCCAAACGCAAAGCUGCAGCAAGAUCUUCUGAUGACAAUUCGACAGAGGAAGGGAACGAUAUGGAGGCCACAGCCGAGAACACUGCUCCUGGAGAAAAAUCAUUCGUCAACCACUAUGAAAAGAAACUCGGCGAAUUUCGCAUCGCGAAACGUCUCGCCCUGCAGACAUGGGCCGAGGAGAAGGGUGUCACGCUCCCGCCUGACUUUUUCGAGCACCGUAGUUCUCCUGAAAGGCUGAACACCGACUUUUUGGACACCUCGGCUACGCAGAAAGAGCGAAGUCGACGACAGCUGUAUCUAUUUCUAUAUAUGGAGCAAUUGCUGUACUCGACCGGUCAAACUGUGCUUGACUUUGUCCGUUAUGCCGACCAUGUUGAAGCCAAAGGGAAGCUAUUGAAGACUCGACUCGUCAUUCCUGGUAGUAAGCGAGUUUGGAAGUGGGCCAAGUCUUUUUUGAGUGCGGAGGAUCACGAUGAUGAUAAUAUGGGUGACAUUCAUACCCAAAAUAACAUCCUUCAACUUGGCGAGGCGUAUAGACUUCGCAAAGACCCCGAGCACCUGCCACCGACCACUCGCUUUGAGAGAAUUGGGGACAAGAUUCGGGUCUUCCCGGGGUUUCUGCGCUCGUUUGAGUCAACUUACGGCUUCCGUGUCGCCUGUGCCACCAUGACUGUUGCGGUAAUAGGGUUCCUACAUGAUACCCAGGUCUUCUUCAUUGCACAAAGAUUAGUAUGGGCUAUGAUCAUGAUCAAUCUCAGCAUGUCUCCCACUUCAGGACAGAGCAUUUUCAGUUUUGUGUUGCGGAUUUUAGGUACAUUCCUUGCAAUGGUGGCAAGCUUUCUGAUAUGGUAUAUCCCAGCUCAAAGGACACCGGGUAUUAUUGUUUUCCUGUUUAUCUUUGUCUCCAUUGCAUCUUACAUCCCAAUCAAGAUGUUCCGCUUCCGAGCCGUCGGGAUCAUCAGCAUCGUCACUACAAGUAUGAUCAUCGGUUAUGAGCUCCAGGUUCGCCGAGUGGGCGAGGCAAUUGCGACAUCCAAUGGACAAGUCUACUACCCCAUUUACCUCUUGGCACCGUAUCGGCUGGCGGUUGUGGCUGGCGGUAUUGCUGUCGCAUUCAUUUGGACGUUCUUCCCAUAUCCAAUCUCUGAGCACUCAGUCCUGCGUCAAAGUCUAGGAGCAUCGUUGUAUCUUCUGGCAAACUACUACUCAAUCAUCCAUGAGACGAUAUCCGGUCGCAUGCGUGGCGAUGAGGGCGAAUACCUACUCAAGAGGACUUCUGCGGGUCGCAAACUGGAGAAAUCUCGCCACAAAGUGUUCUCAAAGCAGAUGCUUAUGCUAGCCGGUUUACGGACAUACUCUGGGUUCCUUCGCUGGGAGGUUCCAGUUGGCGGUCGCUUCCCCAAGAAGCAGUAUGACUCGAUUAUUGUCUGUGUAGAGAACAUCGUGAACUAUCUCAGCUUGCUGGGGUAUGCAUCAGACACCCUCAUGAAUCUAGGCGACGACGAAGAUGAGACAAAUACCAUCUGGAUGAUCGAUUUCCGACGGUUGAUCAAUACUGCCAAGGUGACGACUCACGAGGUGACGUCUUUGCUCUGCCUUCUCUCUGCUAGCAUUACGAACCGACAACCUCUACCACCAUAUCUCAAAGCACCCCGUCCGUACGGCUUCACGAAGCGCCUCCAGGAACUUGACAGUGAGCUUCUGAGCCUCCGGCACAUUGCCGAGCCUGGAUUCGCGGCAUUUGCCGUUUUGCAGAUCUCAACCCGCUGCAUUGUCGGUGAUAUGGACAGGUUACUCCGACUCGUCAAAGGAUUAGUCGGCGAAUUGGACUUCUCUUUUCACGCUGUAACCACAGGAGAGUCAAUGGCCGAGUCUCGAAUGCCCUCCCGGGCCGGAUCAAGAGCGGAUUUGACCGAGAUGGCUGAAGUGAAAAUAGACCAAGCUAUUUUCGCCCAAUCCGCUGGUAAAACGGUCCUGGUAACUGGUGCAGCGCGCGGGAUCGGAGCCGCAACCGCAAUCCUAUUCAACUCCUACGGCGCCAAUGUCGUUCUCGCCGAUGUCCCCCAACUGCAAGGCAGCGCCGAGGAAGUCAUUCAGAAACAAAUGAAAUUUCCAACCCGCGCAAUAUUCGUAUCUACUAAUAUCGUCAACUGGGCGGAGCUAACAGCAUGCUUCGAAGCGGCGAUCACAACAUUCGGCAAAAUUGAUAUCGUUAUAGCUAACGCGGGUAUUAUGGAGUCCGAGUCCGUCUUGGACAUGGACAACGUGGAUGCGGACGGGCAUCUUCUCGAGAUGAAUUUCUCCAUCUUCAAUCUCGGAUUGAAUCUGAGUUUGUCUCAGUCGCAUACUAAUGACCUGCCUAUCCAUCUCUACAAAACAGCUCUGCGCUUGGGAUUACACUAUAUGAAAUCCUCCACAUCUACCAGCCCAAGCCCCCAACCGACAAAAUCAAUCUUGCUAGUUGCAUCCACAUCGAGUUAUUUUGGUGGAACCGGUGUAGCCGCCUACAUCGCGUCAAAACAUGGCGUGCUGGGUCUCCUUCGCGCGUGUCAAGAUGUUGCGCGCAGACACGGCGUCCGGGUUAAUGCUGUUGCGCCGUUUUUGACACCAACUCAUAUCACCGCUGGCUUUUCCGAUAAGUGGGACGCGGCUGGUCUUCAGAAGAAUACACCAAAUGGAGUUGCCCAGGCUAUUGCAGUUGUAGCCUUGAAUAAAGAGCGGCGGGGGCAGUGUGUUUUGGUUGCUGGUAAGUAUCUCCGAGAACUUGAGGAGUCUAGGGCAACGCUUUUGUCUUUGUGGUUGGGGGAUGAUCUUGCGGGGUUUAUGCGUCAGGCUAUGCAGUUCUUUGUUGGUAUUGGGGGAUAUGUCCUGCCUAAGAAGGAUUAG